AUGCCAGAUGAAGAGUCCUACCAGGUGUUCAAUUAUGUGGCCGAUUGCUUCAUCGACGUACCGGUUCCCAGCCGGUCGGAGGAGAACACGAGCGAGUACGUUUGCCGGUGGAUGUGCAAACGGUUGAAGAUCAAACCGGUGGGCUUUCCGCUUAUCGGAUUGCGGAUACACGGUGAGAAAUGGUUUCUCGCCGGCAGCAAUCGGCCAUCGGCCGACAAGAAGUAUGACUUCCGGCUGCGAUUCAAGGUCCCCGAUUUGUCCUGUCUGAAGAUCCUGGAUCAGGAGCUGUUCAACUAUUACUACAGCCAACUGCGGUACGAUCUCCUGCACAACCGCAUCCAGGAGAUCGAUUAUCGCAAGUAUAAAAACAAGAUCCUGGGCUAUGUCGUGAACGACAUGUACCGCAAGAUGAUCGAGGACAACGUCGGUGUCAACGAGCUGAAGCGCGACUUCGAGAAGUACAUCCCGCGCAAGAUCAGCAAGGAACACUCGGUGUGCUUCGUCAACUUUGCCCAGAAGCGAAUCUUUGAAUCGCUCAGCUCCAUCCAGUACAAGGAUCACGAUGUCAACUACGUGAAGAAUGUGUACAUAAACGAUAUCGAUAAUAUUGCACCGGGCUACUUGUACGAGGAGUACGCCGGUGAAAUUCGGUACCCGAGAGAUGAGUUCCGGUCACGCAACGGCAAGUGUCCGGUAAAGGUCCGAUUCCAACCAUACGGUGCGCCAGUUUCGACACGCGACACAACCAAAUAUGGCUCUACGGGCGGUGGGUUGGAGCGAACGCAAGAAUCGGACGAUGCCACGGCCACUCCGGGACUGAAAGUACUUUAUUCAAGCAAGUGGCAUCAUGUGACGAAUAUCGACGAAAUACUUACCAUACUGGUGGAAAAUUUGACGGUAAAGCUUGCGCUGGAAGAUCAGACCGAACCGUACUGCAUAGACUUCCACGAUCAGACUGAAUUGAUUUCUUUCGUAACCUGCUUAGCCGGCUACUAUAGGUUAAUGUGCAAAUGGACCGUUUAUUUAUGCCAAGACUACCUUUCGUCACCGACUCUGAACUGGUUGAAGGAACUCAAGUGCCACGGACCUGUCGGCGGAAAAUAUUCCACAGAUAAAAUUCGCGAAAAGAACAGCAGUUGUGGUGCAUGCAUCAUACGACAGUGUGAAGAACAAUAUGAUACGUACUUCGUCGAAAUGCUUGAAGACGCCGGACUGAUAAAAACGUACAAGCUCAUCUAUGCGGAGGACCAAUGGCGCGUGCAGCGCGAAAAAGAAAAGCAGGUGUACCAUUUCAAACUGCUGACGGAAGCUUUGAAGAGUCUCAAUCCUGAUAUAUCGGGCGUUUAUCGGUUGCCGCCGUCCGACAACGAUUCCGCUCCGAACCUGCUGCUAUGUCGGCCCGCCCAAAAGUCAUCUCCGAAGCGGUUGGUUCGCGGCGGAACACAAGAACUGGGCCAGAAACGGGCUUGUAUCAUCAAUGCCGCCAAAGAACUAGUUAUCAAUCGAAACGCGGCGGAAGACGAAACCGAUGGCUUCACAAAGCGCACGCGGGCGGACUUUUUGCUUCCCAACAACAGCAAAGUGGAGGUUACUCUGAAGCUGCUCAAAAACGACAAAGAGGGCGAAUAUCUUAAGGACUUCCUGCAGAUUGCCGGUCAAUGGGCGACGAUCGAUUCGAUCGACAUAAUUAAGCUGUACGGUAUGACGGUGUGCAAACCAAUCACGAUGGUGCUCGAGUUUCCACGUUACGGCCGGUUGGAUGAGUUCCUACGGGCGCGCCGUAAUGCGGUGCGAGCUACGUCACUAAUUGAAAUCGGUCACUCGCUCGCCCGGGCGCUAUACUACCUGCAGAAGCACGGCAUAAUCCACGGGAACAUUCGGUGUUCCUCUAUGCUGGUCACCCAGUACGAUACGGAUGAGCAGCGUGUACACGCCAAAUUGGGCGAUCCGGGCAUGCACGCCCAGCGUCGGCUAACCAAGCACGACUUGCUGUGGAUACCGUACGAGUACCAAGAUCUGAGCGAACAUAGCGUUGCGAAGCUGCGUCAGGAUCCGGCCACGGACGUAUGGGCUUGCACGUCGACGCUGUGGGAAAUCUUUAGCCGUGGCAUCAAGAUGCACGUGUACAAACCGACCGAGUUUCUUCCCUCCCGCAAGUGGCUCCAGACGAUGGCGCCGGAACUGAAGGAUUCGAAGCAAAUCUACGAGUGUUUCAGUUGUGGUUGGCAGGCGGAUCCGGACAAACGCAUCGCCCCACAAACGAUCGUGGGUUUGUUGGUACAUGCACGUCAACUGCACGGCAGCUACUGUACCGUUGGAAAUGGGCACGUCAACGAACACUCGACGAACCACAUGUUGAAUGGAUCCAACUUUAAAAACAGCAUUUUGUCGAUGGAAACUAACUCCACGCUGGUACGAUCCCGCACCGACUGUACAUCAUCUUCGUACGUGAGCAAUGGAAGCGACAGCGAACUGCGAAGUAAUGCCUCCAGCGGGAGCAGUUCUUUGCCGCUGCUUUCGAACCAUGCCAAUCGCUUCAGCGGUGACUCAUAUCUAGAACGAACGUUCUACGACUGUCCGGAUUACAUCCAACAUGGCAAUGCGCGGGUCUUGUUCCACAACAUGCUCGGCGAGGGAAACUAUGGCCGGGUAUACCGUGGUACCCUGGAAGAGGGCAACACCUCGAUGGAAGUAGCUCUGAAAACAAUCUACGAUGAUCGACCGGAUAUGGGGCGCGCCAAAGAUGACUUCCGCCGUGAGGUGGACAUUAUGAAAAGUCUGCGGCAUAAAAACAUCGUGCAGUUCAUCUGCUUCAUCGAGGAUAUGGAUAAGCUCGUCGUCGUGAUGGAAUAUGUACCGAAUGGAUCGCUGCUCACGUACCUGGGCUACAAGCGCUACGAUCUGGAGCAGCUUCAUUUGUUACGAAUGGCGCGGGAUAUCGCGACUGGAAUGCAUUACCUAUUCGAAAAGAAGAUCGUACACCGCGACCUGGCGGCGCGAAACAUUCUGGUCGAGAGUGUGGACUGUGUGAAGAUAUCGGACUUUGGGUUGGCGCAGGUUACGGAAGGCAGCAACUACUACGUGGCGCAACACAGUCGCGAACUUCCUAUUCUGUGGUACGCACCGGAAACGCUUGAAACGCAAAAAUAUUCCUUCCAAUCUGAUGUUUGGUCGUUCGGAGUGACGCUCUACGAAAUGUUCACGUACGGUGCUACACCCUAUCCACACGUGGACGUGACGAGCGCAGGACAGUUGUAUCAACUGUUGCAGACGGAGAAAAAGAUUUUGCAGCUGCCGGACGAGUUUUCCUACGUGUAUGAUAAACUAAUGACGCCCUGCUUUAAGCGGAACGCACACGAGCGCAUAACUUUUAGCGAUCUCCUGGAGCAACUGGACGAGAUGAUAAACCAGUAUGGUGAACUGAUUUAA